AUGCUGCUGGCGGCGGGCAUGGCUCUCAUCUCCGUUUUCACCCCUUGCUCCUUAAUCCUUUUCCUCCACCACACCCACACACCGCUGCAUCCCCACACCUACACCCUGCUUCCCCUCUCCCGCGCCCCUUCCUUAACCCACCGACACCACACCCCUAUCCCCAUCCCCAUGCAGACGUACACAGUGCCGCCAGAGGCGAACGUGAGUCAAGUGCUGGAGUGCGGUUACCAGUCGAGCACCGCGACGCUGUUUGGAAUCAUAGGAGGGUUUCUGCUGGCGGCGGGCAUGGCGCUCAUCUCCGUGCUGGGCGGCUGUGUGUGCUGUGUGACCAUCCAGUACGCGCACGGGCAGGCUCUUAAAGUCAGCAUUGUCUGCUACACUCUCGCAUGGAUAGCAUUCUUCCUAGCGGAGGUGUGUCUCAUGUCGGGCGGAUCUCUCAACAAUUACCACAAGGAGGUCACCAACUACCAAUAUGAUUAUCAGCUGCGCACGUGUUACCAGCUCAAGACGUCCACCUAUAUAGUGGGAGCGGUGAUGUCGAUACUGACGGUGGUGUUUGCAGUGCUGUACUACGGGCAAGCGCAGAAGUCCAAGUACGAGGCGUGGGUGGAGCAGGGCGCUCCCACCCCCCGCCUCUACUCCCUCGAAACCAUGAAGAGCUUUGUCAUUGCCGGCCCUGCUCGUGCCGGCCCUUUGAAAUCGGAAGAUGAUGAUGAGGACGAUGAUAUGGGGGAUGAGGAGGAGGAAGAGGAGUAUGAUGUGUUUGAGGAGGAAGAGGAGGAUGAGGAUGAUACACGGCCGCUCAACCCGCGUCGGCUUGAUGAUGACGACGAUGACGAUGAUCAUAAUCGCGCUCAUUGA